AUGGCGGGCACCCGGGGCACCGGGCGCGCGGCGGCGCCGGGAGUGCGACCGGGGAAGCGGCGGCCGGAGCCCGAACCGGAGGUUGAGCUGCAGCCCGAGGAGCCCUCUCUCUGUACCUCUGCUCCCAGCCACAGUGACGGCAGGGAUUCUGGCCUCUCUGACAGCGAGGAGAGCGUGUUCUCAGGCCUUGAAGAUUCUGGCAGUGACAGUAGUGAGGAUGAUGAAGACAAGAAAAAGGAUGGAGCUAGCAGUGAUGAGGGCCACAGCGCGAUGGAGAAGACCACCGAGGUGCAGGCUGGUGUCCCUUGUCUGAGGACAGCAGUGAGAGCCCAGAGUGGGGAUGAGUAUGCAGAAGACAGCUCUGAUGAGGAGGACAUCCGAAACACAGUGGGCAAUGUGCCUCUGGAGUGGUACGAUGAUUUCCCCCACGUGGGCUAUGACCUGGAUGGCAGGCGCAUCUAUAAACCCCUGCGGACCCGGGAUGAACUGGACCAGUUCCUGGACAAGAUGGAUGAUCCUGACUACUGGCGCACUGUGCAGGACCGGAUGACAGGGCGUGACCUGAGGCUGACUGAUGAGCAGGUGGCCCUGGUGCGGCGGCUGCAACGGGGCCAGUUUGGAGAUGCAAGCUUUGACCCAUAUGAGCCAGCUGUGGACUUCUUCAGUGGGGACAUCAUGAUCCACCCAGUGACCAACCGCCCAGCCGACAAGCGCAGCUUCAUCCCAUCCUUGGUGGAGAAGGAGAAGGUCUCUCGCAUGGUACACGCCAUCAAGAUGGGCUGGAUCCAGCCUCGCCGGCCCCGAGACUCCACCCCUAGCUUCUAUGACCUGUGGGCCCAGGAGGACCCCAAUGCUGUGCUGGGGCGCCACAAGAUGCAUGUACCUGCACCCAAGCUGGCCCUACCUGGCCAUGCCGAGUCAUACAAUCCACCUCCUGAAUAUCUACUCAGUGAGGAAGAGCGUUUAGUGUGGGAGCAGCAGGAGCCCAGCGAGAGGAAACUCAGCUUUUUGCCGCAGAAGUUCCCGAGCUUACGGGCUGUGCCUGCCUACAGCCGCUUCAUCCAGGAGCGUUUUGAGCGCUGCCUCGAUCUGUACCUGUGCCCACGACAGCGCAAGAUGAGGGUGAAUGUGGACCCUGAAGACCUCAUUCCCAAACUGCCUCGGCCAAGGGACCUGCAGCCCUUCCCCACAUGCCAAGCGCUGGUCUACAGGGGCCACAGUGACCUUGUCCGCUGCCUCACUGUGUCCCCGGAGGGCCAGUGGCUGGCUUCAGGCUCUGAUGAUGGCUCAGUGCGGCUCUGGGAGGUGGCCACCGCCCGCUGUUUAAACACGGUGCCUGUGGGUGACGUGGUGAGGAGUGUGGCCUGGAACCCCAACCCCACCAUCUGCCUGGUGGCUGUAGCUGUGGAGGACUCAGUGCUGCUGCUGAACCCAACUCUGGGAGACCGGCUGGUGGCAGGCAGCACUGACCAGCUGCUGGGAGCCUACACCCCAUCUGAGGAGCCUACCCUGCAGCCUGCCAGUUGGCUGGAAGCCUCAGAGGAGGAGCGUCAGAGGGGCCUACGACUGCGUAUCUGCCACAGCCAGCCAGUGACACAGGUAACCUGGCAUGGGCGUGGGGAUUACCUGGCCGUGGUGCUGGCCACCCAGGGCCACACUCAGGUGCUGAUUCACCAGCUGAGUCGGCGCCGCAGCCAGAGUCCAUUCCGCCGCAGCCAUGGACUGGUGCAGCGUGUGGCCUUCCACCCUGCCCGGCCCUUCCUGCUUGUGGCCUCCCAGCGCAGUGUCCGCCUCUACCACCUGCUUCGCCAGGAGCUCACCAAGAAGCUGAUGCCCAACUGCAAGUGGGUGUCCAGCCUGGCAGUGCACCCUGCAGGUGACAACAUCAUCUGUGGGAGCUACGACAGCAAGCUGGUAUGGUUUGACCUGGAUCUUUCCACCAAGCCAUACAAGGUGCUGAGGCACCACAAGAAGGCCCUGAGGGCUGUGGCCUUCCACCCACGAUACCCACUCUUCGCUUCUGGUUCAGAUGAUGGCAGCAUCAUAGUCUGCCACGGCAUGGUAUACAACGACCUUCUGCAGAACCCACUGCUGGUGCCCGUCAAAGUGUUGAAGGGACACACGCUGACCCGAGACCUGGGUGUGCUGGAUGUCAUCUUCCAUCCGACCCAGCCAUGGGUCUUCUCCUCAGGGGCAGAUGGGACCAUCCGCCUCUUCUCAUAGCCACACUGGUCUGCCCUGCCUCUCAGCAGUGCUGUUCGGGGUUGGGGGUCAGGGCGCAUGUGCUCAGAAUCUUCAAUAGAACUUUUUCGCCCUGCUG